AUGCUGGCCCCUGCCCAAGUGUCCGAGUCGAUGCGGUCAUGGCGCGACCACAACCAGAAGCGCUGCGACUCGGCCACCGCAAGUCAACGGCGCGCCGAGGUGGCCGUCGACGCCGCGCAACGCGUAGGCGACUCGUGCGUCGAUCGCGCCGUCUCGGCCGAACGGGUGACCUGCUUCGACCUGCAAGAAAGGGUCAAGGAGGUGCAGUUUGAGCACUUGGAACUAGACUGGUGCAAGGAGAAGUUGGAGGAGGAGGUCAGGGCGUUGGACGAGGUUGUCGAAAGAGUCUUGGUGGCCAAGGAAAAGUGCCAGGAACCGCUCAGUGUUACUAAAGAGUGCAUGAAAAUCAGGGAGGGAAGAGAGGGAGUAGAAAAAGUACCAGAUCCAGUGGGACGCAGUCUCCAAUUAGAGGAAAACAAAAUUUCGACGGCGCAGAACAAUUUGAGAAAGCUUCAAAAGGAUCUGAUCGAACAGCAGCGUUUGUUGCGAAUCGCAGUUUACAUGAUAAACAAAGACGCGAGCGGCAAAGAGGCGGCGCUUUCCAUUGACAGGCGUUGCGUGCAGCUCUCCGUGAACUCGUCUGACCUGCAAUCGGCCCUCGUCGUCACAGGCAAAAAGAGCAGCACCGAGUUGCAGUGGGAGUAUUACACGCGGAGCAACGUCCUGCAGGCCAACGCACAAAUCAGGAAGUCGAGGGCGCUUAGGUCGAGUGCCGAAAUCGUGCUCAGGGCGGCGUGCGAGGACAUCUGCAAAGUCUAUGAACGCACCAACCUGGCGUUCGAAAAGCGAAUUUCCGAAACGAAGGUGGCGAAGGAAAAAUUGGAAAAUGAACUUGCAGAAACAAUUCAACAGGCAAACGAGGUGAAAAGAAUGUUGGUUCAAUUGCAGCAGCCAAUGGCAAUUAAUCAGGACCACAUAAAACUGGUCAUCACCAGACUAAAUGAACGAGACCUUCGACCUGGAAUCGAAAAGUGCAGCGAUCGAGCAGAGAGACAGCUGAACAAAGAAUUGGCGCAGCUGCAGAAGGACUGUGAAAGUUUAGAAAAGCAGAGGCAGCAGUCGGAAGCGUCUCUGCAUGCGCUGCAGCGAACUUGCCAGUUGGUGACGCAGGAAUUGGAGUUGAAGGCGCUCUCGAUGGCUUUGGAUGAAGUUCAGUGCAUGACGCAACGAGUUAGCCUCAAUAUCCAUACACUAUUUGUGCAGCCACAACGACAGUUGCAAUAA